AUGGAACUUGAGGCGGAACGAGAGAAAAUCAGGCGGGAGAUUGAAGAGCUGGAGAGGAGUUUGGGCCCAGUCAUUCCGUCAGAUGGCAUUGGAGCACUGGACUCCAGCUUGGAAUCUGGCUCUGAAGAGGAAGGUGAGACCUGGUGGAAAAGAUCUCCAUCUUGCCUUUUCAUAUCCUUCUGCAUCACAGAUCUCCAGUGGUUGGACCCCAGUUUGGUGUGGAGGAGAGCCAAGAAAUAACUAAAACUAGAAGUUGGGCCCUUGAGUAUUAUGGACAGCAUUCUUGUGCUAAAGAUUUACCUUGUGCGUUUACAAGAUGUCCACAGUGCUUCAAUUAUAUUGUAAAACACCACAAGAAAGAAAAAUGUGAUGGGUCCUGGUGGAAAUUAGCAGAAACUCACAGCACUGUUAAUUAUUACAAAAAUGAGAGAACUGUUAUCAUAAGGAUCACUUGUAAAUUACGACAUUCCAAGUCACCCAAAGUUGUCUCGAACUGCCAAAUGGGCUGCAUAUAAAUUUAGUAAAUAAUUAAAAUUUUCUUUCUCUCACAUUUAUAUUUUCUUUCCUCAGAUGACGUGGAAGAGGAUGAAUCUGAUACUCAACUUGACAUGGAGGUGGACCCAGGCGGGGAGAAAGGUGACAGUGAGGAAGAUGAGGAGGAAGUCAGCCUACCCCAAACCCCAGAAACCUGCCUCCAGAUGAACCUGGUUUAUCAGGAAGUGAUGCAGGAGAAGAUUGAGGAGAUCAACACUCUCCUUGCCCAAAAUAAAAAGCAACAGGAAAAACUCACCUGGGAGCUGGCCGGAACAAAAGGCAUGAAAUCGAGCGAUGGGAAAUCCUUGCCAGCAAAUAUGUUUUUGGGCCAUUUUAUGAAGCCAUAUUUUAAGGACAAAACAUCAGGGUUUGGCCCUCCUGCCAACGACGACACUCGAGAAAAGGCGAGGCAAGGCAUCAAGUCUUUUGAGGAGCUGGUCACCAUCAAAUGGAAGAGCCGGGAGAAGCUGCUCCUGCAACAGGCCAUUGUGAGUGAUCGCUUACAGCAUCUGCUGCAGCCAAAGCUGCUCAAGGUGGAUUAUCUGAAUGAAAAACGAGAGAAAUCUAAAGAUGAGAUGGAAAAGCAGAUCUUGGCGAAGCAGAUCCAGGAAACGGAGCGUGAAAUAAGUGAAAUCAAUGUGUUGCCAGAAGAAGCUUUGCUGGGAAACAGACAUGAUGAGCAUGACUGGGACAAAAUUGCCAACAUCAAUUUUGAAGGAACACGCAACGCAAAAGAGCUGAGGAAAUACUGGCAAAAUUGUGAGCAUCCCAACAUCAACAAGAAGGAAUGGAGCGAGGAGGAGGUCGAGAAACUGAAGGAAAUCGCUGCCCGGCAUGGCGGUCUGCAUUGGGAAGCGGUCGCCCAAGAGCUGGGGACGCAGCGCACAGCCUUUCAGUGCCUCCAGAAGUUCCAGUCCUACAAUAAAGAUUUCAAACGGAGCGAAUGGAGCCCCGAAGAAGACCAGAUGCUCAGGCAGCUUGUGCAGGAAAUGCGAGUUGGGAAUCACAUUCCUUACCGGAAAAUGGCAUACUACAUGGAGGGGAGGGACUCUGCCCAGCUGAUCUACCGAUGGACCAAGCGAGUGGACCCCAACUUAAAGCGAGGCGCCUGGACACCAAAGGAAGAUGCUUUGCUCCUGAAGGCCGUGGCAAAGUAUGGAGAGCGGGACUGGUAUAAAAUCCGGGCGGAAGUGCCUGGCAGGAACGACCUGCAGUGUCGAGACAGGUACUUGCAUUCCUUGCACAACGACAUAAAGAAGGGGAAAUGGAGCGAAGAGGAGGAAAAGAAACUGAUUGAGCUGACCGAAAAAUACGGCCGGGGCCACUGGGCAAAAAUAGCCUCAGAGUUGCCCCACCGCUCCAGAUCUCAGUGUCUAAGCAAGUGGAAAAUCUUGCUGGGGUAUCGAAGGCACAGGAGGAAGAAACAAGGACAGAAACGUCAUCCGAGGUACAAACGUGUCCACCGAUGGAGCUCCAGCCCCUCGGAGUCCAGCAGUGAAUAUUCAGACCUGGAUUUGGAUGUGGACGUUGCUGAGGAGGAGGAGAAGGAGGCGAGGCCCAAGGCCCAUCGGCCCAAAGGGGCAGGUCGCUGGAGAGUUCCCAGCCUGGAUCUCUGGGUCCCUGCCAGGAAAGAUCCGUCUGAAGCCAACCCUGGAGAGCUUCCCGCUGUCACUCUGCUUUCCAAAGGUUUUGAUGUCAACAGGAAGCGGAGGCUGGACUCUGGCGCUCUGCUGGGUCCGGAAGAGGGACCGAGGACAGAAGAUCCCGUUGCCCUCAUCCCAGAGGCUCCAGAAUUGGCUCAAAUGAAAGGGAACAAGAAUUCUGGAAAGGCGAAGGAUGCGUGGAGGGUUUCCAUGGCUUACGUGAAAAGUGUCCUGAGGAGGAACAGCUAUGAGCAGCAGAGGAGAAAACGGGAAAUCAGAAGAAAGAAACGUUUUGCCUCCAGCUCCUUUAUUGGCCCCAGAGGUUCUCAGUUGGCCCCGCCGGCCACUGUGACGAAUGGAGCCGGCCGGCAGAAGGAUGGGAUGAGGAAGACGACCCUCUACCGGAGAUUGAUGGUGGCAGUCACGCCCUGGGCUGGGAACAUGGUGCAGGAGUGGGCCCUCCGGAUGAAGGAGGCGGUUUCCCGCAAGUCAAAAGCGGACGUGAUCUUCAGGCAGCUGCAGACGGCCCACCUCACAAGCACACCUUUGUUCACGUUCCUGAUUCAGCUCCUUCAUAUCGACGUGGACGGCUGUAUGGGGGUGAUUCAGAAAAGGAAAUCCCAGCAGCCAGAGCUGCUGAAGGCCAUCGUUGCGCCUGUGGGCAACAACAAGCAGCCCUCGUCUUCACAGGACGGCAAAGCUCAGCCCGGCCUCCCAGCGGCCAGCGGCCAGCCCAACAAGAAGCUGAUUCCUCUGAAGGCUAAAGAGGGGCCCGUCCCCACCAACACAUGGAAAGCCCGUUUGCCACCUGGCCCGACCCCCAAGCUGAAAACCGUCUCAGAGCUGCUGCGGGAGAAGAGGCUCCUUGAGCAGACGGCCAGGAAGGGUGCCCAGAAGAAGAUCUUCCUUGCGCCUCAGCUGCUCCUCUCUACCUCUGUCAUGGUCCCACAGACAAGGGGUCCCAUCACCCCGUUGGCCAACGGGCCCCACGCUCCCCUGGCCAGCCAGGUGUCCCCAAGGCCGCCUCCUGCUUCGGCUUCUAGGCCUUUGGGGCCAUUUCCCUGCAAUGGGGACAAGGAUGAGGCCGCUAGAGCAGAAGGCAAAGAUGGCAGCCAAGAGAGCUUUUCACCUCAGGGGGACCCUGAAGUGGCCGGAGCACCUGCUGGGCCUCCUCGUAACGUGAACUCCACCCUGGCAGAUGCCCUUUGCCCCUCUCCAGCCUCUGGUGCUUUACCCCACCUGGUAGCUGCCCAGGCACAGCCCAGCCUGCCCAUCAGCUGGGUGCUGACCCCUCAAGGCCUUCUCCCGAUCACCCUGGUGAGCAUCCCCAGUCAAGGAACGCCACUGGCCAGUGGUACUCCGCCAAAUCCCAGCCAGCCUGCAGAGACUUCAGUCAAGAUCCCUACCGCAACUACGGGGGUUCCAGUGGUGGAGGGACCCCUGAUGCAAGCGGGCCUUCCUUCUGGCUGCCCACAGAGCGAUGCAGGCACUCGGCUGACGGAUAUUCCCCCUCCUCCUCUGCCACUUCUUGGGAAGGACACAGAACCAGGGUGCCCUCCAUCCCCUGCUGGUGCCGGGGCGCCUUCCUUGCCUUGCACUGUCCUUGGAGGGGCUGCCUCCAGCACCCCCAAUUCAGAGGCUUUGCCUCCGCCCCAUCCGAAUCAAGGCCCAGCCGCGCUAGAUGUUCCCUCCGACCCAGCACUGCAGGCCUGCCCCAUGCCAUGUCCACCCCAGGAGGGCGCGCCUUCCCCCCUUUCUCGUCUCCUUUCCCUAGAAGCAGAGCCGGCAGUGAAGGCAUGGGCCAAGGAGAGCCGGGAGGUGAGGGUUCCCUCGCUGGGAAGAGGCCUGCCCUAUUUGCCCCCGUUUCUGUGCAGCUUAAAAACCCUCUCGGCGCUGCUGCUGAAUAAACGGUCCCUGGAGCAGAGCGCUGCCUCUCUUCUGGACACCGAAGGACAGCGGGAAGAGCCCAGCCAGCCGGACCUGGAGGCCUUGAGGCACAUGGUGCGCCAGAAGCUCCAGGACAACCCUGCCUAUCAACUCCUGAGAGAACGGUUCUUGGCGGCCUUUAGUUUCCCAGCUGCUCUGGCUGCCUUGCCCCCUCCCAGGGUGGCCACGACCCUCUCGGGGGGCAAGUGGUGGGAGAGCAGCCAGGGAGAAGAUUCCUGCUCAUCUUUGGAAGAGGAGGAGGAGGAGGAGGAAGGAGAAGAGGAGGCUGAGAGAGAACCCCUAGGAACAACCAGAGAUGGCCCUGCUGAGACAAUGGAGGCCAAUGAGGAGCUGGAGAAGCCUGAAACGGACGUCGACUCAGACCAGAGCAGCCCAGCCAGGACUCGGAGAAGCCGGCGGCUCCAGAAAAGGGGAGUCCCUCUGUGACAGCAGCAGCCCCUUUGGGAAGUGGGGGGAGGGACACGAUUGCCCUCUGGACUUCAUUGUUCCUGUGUCUGACCCGGAGAUGAAACCCCGAAACCAAGGGAGGGAUUUUUUGAGGUGGCAAAAUUCUACCUCUGGCUUCUUUGCUACUGGGCAGAUUUUGACAAUUACGGACAGUAUCUCCUGUCUUUGGAUGCGGGGACAUUGCCUGCCUUCCUUCUCAAAAGCUGCCUUCCCCAAUCGGGCGUAAGCACAGAGGCGAGGAUUGCGGCUUCCAGAAUUCUCCAGCCGGCAUGGUCAACACUGAGAAUUCUGGGACUUUGGAGGAUGGAAACCUGCAGAAAUUGCCAGGAGUCUUAGUUGUCCAACUGCAUUGUGAACGUCGCACUGUCUGGCAAACAAACGGCCUUUUUGCUUUCAUUUGUGACAGCAGGACUGUCCCAACAUGCUAGAUCUGGUGGUAAGCCACAGUAAGGGUUUGUUUUGUUGGAGCCUGUCCCUUUUUUUGUUUCGUUAACCAGAGUGGAACCAAGCGCUUUGUGGGAGUGCAAUUGAGACACAGUUCUGCAAUGCCUUAGGAUUUUUCCUGCAGCUUCUUGCAGGCUUGUUUCCUCCCUGAGCUGCUGCUCCCAAGGAGACCAUUCACACCAACUCCCAAGGAUACUUCAACCCAGUGAUGGGAGCGAGUUAUUGGCAGUUGCUCUGUUGACUUAUUGGGGGGGGGUCCUUGAAGGAAGCUAUUUGGGUUAUACGGACUGCUUCUCAUUUUGCUUCCCAGAGCACAAUGUGAUCACAAAAAGGAAGCAAAGUUAUGCUUCUAAGACGUCUGUCAGUCGAAUCCCUCUGUAGACUUGUGUGUGAAUAAGCAAACAAGGGCCUCCCACAAUUGGAAUAGCAGUCGCUUCAAACAGGUUUUUAAUUUUUUACUCCAUUCUGAGUUGAACUUGUCUGUUUUGCAUUAAAAUCUUUGCGUUUCACAAGACCGGGUUUCAUUUCCGACCAUCCAGCAGGAGAGAUGUUAGCAGGAGAAGCUUUGCAUGUGCGAAAGGCAGGAUUAAGUAGUCCUACUCACCCAAAUUGGCCAGUAACAGAACAACAGAAUUGGAAGAGACCUCGGAGGUCUUCUAGUCCAACCCCUUGCUCAAGCAGGAGACCAUUUCAGACAAAUGGUUGUCUGAAAUUAAUGGACUGAAUUAAAUUUGCGAUGAUCCUCUAAGAAUGUACACUGAAUACAGCCAAAUUCAUCUCCCUUGCAGAAUUUCCAAGAUAUGGACCCAUUUGUAAGAAAACAUCAUCAGGCAAAACAAUUUUUAAAUAAUUUGUAAUGUGAUUCAAAUUAAACUAUGAGGUAGUAGAGCAUAGCACAACCACUAAACAAACCAUAAAAAUAAAAAUUGUAAAAUGGUGUUUUUACUAAAGCACUAGUAAAGCCGAACCAAUAGUAACGCUGGUUACUAUUUACUGACUAGUUAUGGAAGGAAUAGUAAAAUGGUUCAGACGUUCAUAUACCCGUGUAUGAGUUGAUAGCAUUAGCACUUAGACUUAUAUACUGCUUCAUGGUGCUUUUACAGCCCUCUCUAAGUGGUUUAUAGAGUCAGCCUCUUGCCCCCAACAAUCUGGGGUCCUCAUUUUACCCACCUCAGAAGGAUGGAAGGCUGAGUCAAUAUUGGUCAAGCUGACUCACGCAAUUUCAAAUGGCAAUGAAGGGUAGAAUCCACACCUGCCUUAUUGGAUUGUAAUUAGAUAUGUGAUAAAUGUUCAAGGAAGUUAUUAGCACUUCAGAAUAUUUUGUGUGUUUCAAUCUGAAUAGAGCUGGAAAGAACCUCAGAGAUCUUCUAGUCCAACCCCCUGCUCAAGCAGGAGACCCUAUAGAAUUCCAGACAAGUGGUUGUCCAGUCUCUCUCUAAAAACCUACAGUGAAGAAGAACCCACAAGUUCUGGAAGCAAGCUGUUCCACGGGUUAAUUGUCCUGUUAGGAAGUUUCUCCUUGAUCCUUUCACCGUUGCUGUGGCCUCUGUUUACAUCCUGUAGCUAAUCUUGAGAGGGUUUUAUAUACAGUAGUGGCCAAAAUUGUGGAAACCUUUUGGGGAAAGUAUAUUUGUGAGAUUUGAUGGCUAAUAACACCACUUUUUUUUUUUUUUUUGAGUUUCAAGAUCAUCCGAUUCCACUGCUGGAAUGGCCUGGGAAUAGCCCAGACCUUCACCCAAAUUGAAAAUCUAUGGAGCCGACUAAAGAAACUUGUUAGUCAGAACCGACCCAGCAAUAAAACCCAGUUAAUAGAACCAAUCAUUCAAUCUUGGUUUCACAUUAGAAUAGCUGCAGAACUAAAAGACCCCGUUCACUCCAUAGGAAGACAUUGUGAGGCCGUAAUUCAUGCUAAAGGUUACCCAACUAAGUAUUAACUGACAUGGUGAUAAUUAUUGCAUAUCUUGCUUUUUCUACAUUUCACUUUUUUCUUUAUACUGUAACUGCUUUUCUAAUAGCAAAUCCUUCAUAAAAGUUAUUGCUUUACAUUCUUGAUUAAAUUAUUUUUCCAUUGAUACAUAAUUUUAUGGUACUGCUCCAAAAAAAAGUGGUGUUAUAAGCUAGUUUUAGAAAAUACACUUUUCCCAAAAAGUUUCCACAAUUUUGGCCACUUGCUGUAUAUCAUUUGUAUAAUCUUACCCUACGCUAACAAGUUGACAUUUCUUUUAUACACAGAUACAUACGUAGUAUA